AGUGUUUCGAGACCAGACUGUGUAUCUCCUUGUUUUUACGCUUUCAGCAUGGCCGACCUAGCUACAGUCGCCAGACAAUUCACAGAUUUUUACUAUAACACUUUUGACACUAACCGCCCCGCGCUGGCCUCUCUCUAUCGUCCAGAGUCUAUGCUCACCUGGGAGAACAACCAAAUUCUAGGCGUCACCAACAUUGUCGAAAAACUUGUUACUUUGCCAUUUCAAAAGGUGGUUCAUAAGGUCGAGACGUGCGAUGCACAGCCCUCCAAUCCAGCAGUUUCUAGUAUCAUAGUACUCGUUACGGGACUUUUGCGGGUUGACGAUGGCGACCAGCCUCUGCCCUUUACCCAGACCUUCCAACUGAUCCCCGACGCUGGUACUUAUUAUGUGUACAACGACCUCUUCCGUCUAAACCUCGGCGGCUAGAUUACAGACCAAGUUUCGUAGAGUGAUGGAGAGAAGUUAAUGGCGCGUUCUUUUGAUUAAACAGUAGCUGUAUUUUUCUUGUGGUGG